AGCACUUAUGUUCAUUUUAUGAUAAUCAUUGCAAUAUUUUAUAGAAAUAAUAAUUGCGUAUGAUCACGUGCAAAGCACGCCCAUCUACCUCUCUCAAUCAUCCGGAGUCCGGACGGAACCCUCCCCUUGCGACGCUCUCUCUCUGGAAAUUGAGAACGAAAGCAACAAAAAUGGAAUGCGUAGUUCGGGGAAUUAUAGAGACACAGCAUGUUGAGGCUCUUGAGAUUCUUCUUCAAGGUCUUUGUGGUGUUCAAAGGGAACGGCUAAAAAUCCAUGAGAUAUGCCUUAAAAAUGGCCCAAACCUUGGGAUUGUAUCUUCAGAGGUUCGACUUCUAUGUGACCUUGAACAGGCCGAACCAACAUGGACUGUUAGGCAUGUAGGGGGUCCAAUGAGGGGUGCAGGUGCUGAUCAGAUUUCAAUUCUAGUCAGGACCGUGGUGGAAAGCAAAGCAAGCAAGAACGUGCUUCGUUUAUUUUAUGCACUUGGCUACAAGUUAGAUCAUGAGCUACUGAAAGUGGGAUUUGCCUUCCAUUUCCAAAGAGGUGCUAAAAUUGCAGUCACUGUUUCAUCAGUUGGUAAAAUGCUAAAGCUACACGCUACUGAUGAGGCUGUGCCUGUAACUCCUGGGAUACAAUUGGUUGAAGUGACAGCCCCAGCUACCUCUGAAAACUAUGCUGAAGUUGUUGCUGCAAUGUCUUCUUUUUGCGAAUAUCUAGCUCCGCUCCUGCAUUUGUCAAAGCCGGAUAUUUCAACUGGGGUUGUUCCCACUGCGGCAGCUGCAGCUGCAUCUCUUAUGUCAGACGGUGGGGGUACAACUUUAUAGCAGAAACUUUAAAACCAUUCAGAGUCCUGUUCUUGAGGUGGGCUAUUGUAACUUUGUAAGUCACUUUUAUCAUUGUUGUUUGGAAGUCAAAGUCCUUAUCUUUUAUCUUAGCUAACAAAGCAUUAGGGGUUCAAAGUGAGGUAUUGUGGAAUGGUGAAAUUCUGAUUUGUUUGAAAGUAUAACUUCGUGCUCUCAAUGUUUUUAUCAAUGGAAGUUUGCAUAAAAGAAAA